GUUCUCUAGACGUCUAUGUGGUUCUAAGGUGUGUAUAAUCUCUUGCAUUUUGACCUUUUGAGUGGUCCGUUUAUUACUUUAAGAAGGGCAUUGGAGCCAUUUUUAGAGCAUAACCAACUUUCGGGCUGAUUAAUUUUUUUCGUUGUGAUUCUAUUAUUUUUACCCUUGUCCUCGGAGCCCUUGUUAUUUAACAGUUUACGUGUUUUAAAGCUUGGGAAAAACUUUCGCGAUUUUUAGAGAAAGGUGAUUUUUCGCGAUAAUAACUUUUGCGAAUUUUAGGUUAAAUUUCUUACCGGGCAGAAAUUGUCGCGAAAAGGGGCCAAAAUCGUGAAAAAUCGCGAAAAUUUCUGCCCGCGAAAAUUUCUGCCCUUAAGGUACACGCUAAUUUUCGAAAAAUCCGGACAUUGAGCUUAUUAAAUCGUUUCGUAGCCCCUUUAAUAAAUUUUGAUUAUCCUUUUUAUAAAACGAUUUGAAAUUGUUAUUAGAUCAUUCAUUCAGGUUUCAUUUAGGCGGGUUUUUUUGUUUGUUUUUGUUUUGUUUCGUUUUGCCUAUGUAUACUGCAUAUACAGGCGAAACAAAAAGAAAGUUCAAGCAACAAGUUCAAGAACAUAUGCGCGCAGUGAGAAACGGAGAUGUGAAGAAAAACGAAAUUGCGGACCACAGCUGAAGCAGAAGUCAUCAGUUUAAUUGGGAUGAGAAGAAAGUCAUUGACAGAGAAUCCAGAACAACGCCUAGGAAGAUAAAAGAAACCACCAACAGUGUAGAACGUGACAAACACAAGCAGCAUCUUGUAUCAACUUUCUGAGAUUUGGUUACCAGCCCUACAGAAGAAGUAGUUAUCUCUAGCUAGGUCCAAAAUUGUUAAUUACCGUAAUUAACUGUAAUUAUCAGCUUGUUCUUGAUUGGUUAAUUUUUAUGAAUUUCGAUCCUCUGCAGUUAUAUAAAUAUAUGCUCAACAUCAUUUAACUUAGUCCAAUGAUGGGAGAAGGAUCUCCCGAAACGUCGCCUACUAAACUAUCAUGUUCAAGAAAUGACUUUCUGCAGUAAUAUGAAUACUGAACAGAAAAACUAAAUUAAUAUCUUCAAUAACAAUAAUUUCCCGUGACAUUCCGUGCAUAAAUUUAUAACGAAACAAAUUAAAUUGGUUAAAAAACACAAAACAUUUACAUUCCCAUACAAUAGCUAAUUAACUCGUUUUAUUUAUCACAUGACUUGUUGAGGCAAUUAAAUAUGUAAACAAAUUUUUUACAAAAUACGGAACAUGAUUUUUAGGGGAUGUUUUAUAGGCGCUUUUCAAUAAGAUUGUAGAAAAUGUAAUCGACUUUGCCUGUUUCAGACAGACAGAUAUAGUUUCCGUAUUAUUAUAUAAGAUAUGAAUACUUUUGCAUGUCCAACUGCAUUGGUUUUCUCAAUACAUUGCACAGAUUUUUCUUGCAUUUUCCUUCCCCCUCAGAACAUUUUUUUCCAUUGCUAUGGCAGUUCAUACUUGUACUACUCGCCAAAUCCAGAUAUGCGACAUGGUUUACCUGUAAUCUCAAUUUGGGGUGCGAUAGUUGGUGUUACAUCUAAUCUCCAACCUCGUUCCCAGGGCCUUUUGUCUCUGAUCAGCGCUGCGCUUAUUGAUAGGCCUGACAAAAGAGACAACUUGUCCUGGGAUCGAGGUUGAUCUAAUCUCCUAUAUUAAUACCCGUAUCAUAUCUUUUGCAAGAUGAGUUUUGGUAAACGUUCAAAUAUUAAGCAUGAGCAACGCGUAUCUAUUCACAGUCAGUUUUGCAGUAUCACUUACGUUGUAGUAAUAUCUUUACUUACAAUGUGUACUAGGAAAAUAGAACAACUUUUUCUCACUAUCAUUUUCCUAUCAAAAAAAAAACAAAAACGGUGAGUAAUCGAAUACCGUAAUGGGCUAUGGAAAACAAUUCUUUUAUUUAAUGAAUCAACAAACAAUGGUUGCAAGUUUAUAAUUUAUAACGAAACUUUAAAAACUUCUUUGUAAUAAAAUAAACCGCUUAGAAACAUAUUCACAGAAAGAGUUGGAUUUAAAUGUUGAGUCAAGUUGUCCAGAUUAACCUUCAACAAAAAAUCAUGGAUGCAGUGAAAGCUUUUUGUAGAGGAUACAUAAACAUCAAUUUUCCAACAAUAAAACAUUUUAAAGAGAUAGAUACAGAUCGUGUUGCUGAAGAUUUGAUGAGAUAUGCAAUUAAAUCUGCUCUUUUAAGGAAGAAAUUAAGUGAGGAUUCGCAUUGGCAAGAGAUUCUGUCACAAAAAGAAUACGACGUUCUUUUAAAAUACAACCAGUUAAAGGUCAGGCAAACCAUCAAAGAUCGUGAAAAUUCUACUGUGACUGAUGUUCUUUCAUACAGAAUGCACAUAGAUUACUUUAGACUUGACCUAUCUUACAUUUGUAUGAAGUCUUUAAGUAUAAUUCUUGAUCCUAAAGGUGUAAUAUUUGGGAGAAUGAAACCACAUGGAUUUACAAUUCUCCAUGAAGUGAUAAACGACCACGAGUUUCACUAUGAAAGAGGUUCUGACUGUAGCUGCUCCCUUAUUAAAUUCAUAAUGGAUCUUGGAGCUGAUAUUACUGCGAAAGAUCACCAUGGUAUAACGCCUUUCACUGCAGCUGUAAAUAUGUUGUUGCUAUCUUCCGUGGAGGUAAUGCUCAGGACGGGAAAGAUCAGUAGUGAUGAAAUCAAUUCAGCUUUACUCUCUAUUACAACUGUACUGCACGACAACGAAAAAGAUUUUGGAAAAUGUUUGAAACUAUUGGAGGCAUAUGGUGGUGAUUUAAAUGUCAUUGAUGGCUAUGGUAAUUCACUUUUAAACCGUUACCUUUUCUUCAACAUAUCAGCGACACGAAGUUUAACUAUAACAAAAACGCUUGUUCAAAGUAGUCUAAACUGGUCUCGCAAAAACAACUUUGGACUUUCACCACUACAUAGCUGUGCUAACUUUUUGCUUGAUGAUAUCUCUGACAUCUUAAACUACCUUUGUAAUCUUAAAUCAAUAAGUAUAGACGAACGAGAUAAUUAUUUAAGAUCUCCUUUAAUUUAUGCAGUGAUUAAAGGAUCUAAGGCUUGUUGUGAUAUACUCCUAUCCAACGGAGCAAACAUCAACCUCAAAGAUAAACUUGAGCUAUCCAGUAUGCAUUAUGCAUCAAUACUGCAUGAUUCUAGUGUUAUUAAAUUUCUGCUGAGCAAAUCAGAUGCUGACAUACAUGCUAAAGAUCAUUUUGGUGAUAUCCCACUUGUUUGUGCUGCCGCAACAGGUCGUAUAGACAUUGUUAACAUGUUAUAUCCACUUCACAAUGUCAAUAGUGCUUUAUAUAACAGAUUACUGUCAGUGACAGACAUCAACGAUCAUUCCAAUGUUACUCGCACAAUACAAAUGAAAGAAGAGUUAUUUAACACAAUAGCUGCAGAAACGAAACGCUUUGAGUUAAGCAAGAGAAAAUACAAAAAGUGGUUGGACGAAAAAAUUAAAGUUACUGCCGAGGAAGAGAAAAUUAAAGGAAAUAUGUCAAACUUAAGAAGAUUCUACGACCUAGAAAAAUUGCGUAAAACUGAAAAUAAAGAAAUAAAGAACGAAGUAACAGAACUGAUGAAUCGGAUUGCCGAUCUUGUUAGACGAAGGGACGAAAAACUAUGUUUCGUUCCAGUUCUUUCCGGAAGUAAUGCAGAGGAUACAAAAGUUGGAGUACUUGAUGAAAUUGACUUUUUGUGUAACUUGGAACAUUUGUCCUCCCGUUUACAGGUUACGUUAUUGGAAAGCGAUGUGUUACCUGGAUAUGUCAACCUAAGAAUUGAAAAUACGCAGGGAGUUGACUGUACGUUUUUAUUGCAAGAAAUAAACCAAGAGUUUUACCUUUCUGUCAAUUACGUUGGUUCUCACUUCUUCGAUGCAUUUGCUACAGCGAUGUCUGACAUUGAAAUUUGGAAAGAUCUUCACCUGACAGGGUAUAACGAAUAUACUACCGGAGAGUUAAUAUCCACAAUUAAACUUAUAUGGAAUGGAAGGAACUAUAAAAAUCAGGUGAUUUCAAUCGAUCUUGUUCCAACAUUUUUCAUAAACAAAGACGUGAUACAGUCCCCCUGUUUAAAAAUAAUCAGCGAUCACCUAAACAUGGGCGAUGUUUUGAAGCAGAUAUCAUUGGUGGCUAAACGAGCAAAUGAUGGUUACAAUGAAAGACAAGACGUUCUAUGGAGAUCCUCGUUUUCCAAUGUUGAGGCAAAAAUAUUGCAAAUGUUACCAGAGAGUGCUCGAUCUGGUUACAAACUUGUUAAAUUCAUUCGAGAUGAAAAAAUUUGUCCCUUACAGGCAACGCCGAAGCAUUUCAUUUCCAGUUACUUACUGAAAACAUGUCUUCUACAUGUAGUGGUUAACGAAACGGAGAACGGUAACACUUCCCUGGAAGGAUAUGAUGACAAAGCUUGGAGUUCAAAGAUUCUAAGCAGACUGCAAUUGUAUAUGGAGACAAGAGGCAAUGUACCUCAUUUCUUUCUCGAAGAUGUGAAUUUAGUAACUUCUGAUAAAGAAGCUGUUUUAGCUUAUUGCGAGAUUGGAAAAGGGUGGUUAAAGCAUCCAUGGGGAUACUGUUACUAGUAAAUUAGGUUUAUGUGAUAAAUUAUGUUUUUUUUUAUAAUACGAUUCAAACUUGUUAUUAAAAAUUCAUAAAUAUCUAUUUUCAGGUUUAAGUUAGUUUGCCUUCUCAAAAAAAAAUAAUAUUAGCUAAAAUGAUGCAAAAAACUGGUUUAUCGUAUUUUUUGCCACAGUUGCUAAUAAUUAAUGUACUGACCAUAAAGAUUUUCAACUUAUACCCUCGAGGUUCCUUUCAUGUUUAACACGAUACAAAAUGCUUAUAUCAGCGCUUUCUACGUCAUGACGAGAUAAGCCCAGAUCGCGCUGUAUAGAAACAAUUUAUUUACUGACUUUAACCCUUUUUUCAAAAGAACGAAAAAAUAUUAAUUUUUAAAAUAAA